AUGACAGUUAUUAGUUUUGAGAAUUCGUUCAUACUAAUUACGGCUGCAUUAGUGGCUGGAAUUAUUGCAAUUCCCUAUUUAGAUGACUAUAAACAAUGGAUUGACAUAGAGACCCCCGGGGGGCUUCCCAGUAACAGGCUUGGGUAUAUUGCUUCUUGGUUAAUAACUUUAACAUUUCAAAGAAACCGUAGGGAUCCGACAAGCAUCUAUUGUGAUAAUUCUAAUGGGUAUUUAAAUCCCAAUGAAAUUCCUAUGCGUGGGGUUCCUUCUCCUGAAAUGGCUCAUUGGUCAAUUCCGCAUCGUCAAAUUUCUCAUACAGCGUUUGAUUUGAAAAAGGAUAAUACCCCUACUAGUAAUGUAGCAAGGUUUUUUGGAGGGCUUGUUGACAAAAAUAGAAAUUAUUUCAUAGGAGCUUCGAUGGUAGAAAAAAACAUACCAGCCAUAUUUCAUAAAUCCUCCCUGCCUAAAAAUGAAGUUAUUCAUAGACAUGUAAAAGAUGGCUCUUUUCAUAUCACUUUACAUUGCCAAGAUGCAAAAAUAAUAGUAGAAAAGAAAUGGGGAGAGCUUUUUCCCAUUCCACCAUAUAGGAACAGGUCUUUUGAGGAGGUAGUGCUCCUAUAUGCACCACAAAGUAUUGAAGAUUAUAAAAUGUUCGAAACAUUUGCUGAUGCUGCAAUAAAGCAUUUCGAUACAACAUAA